GUGUUUAACAUACAUAUACAUCUGCUCGAAUGUAGGAGUUGAGAUGUUUUAAAGAUUGACGAUUUUAUAUAUUUUCAUCGUUCUACCAAAUAUUAAACGGUUUAAAAGUAUCUCAACGUGUCCUAUGUGGUUAUGAGUUGUAGUAGACGCCGUGUUCAAGUAUCAUGGCCACAGACUUAGCCGCAGUAAGCGAACUACAUUCAAUUGAAGUCGAUCCUACAGUGAAUCAUACGAAUUCUGCUGUCUCGAAUGAGAAAUGGCACAUUUUCCGGAAGCCUAGAAAACGCUAUAAAGGUCGACCUAGUUCAAACGACACAAGCUCAACAAAGGAUUCUGAGUCCCAUACAAACCACAUAUCCGACUCGAGCAGUUUAGACGAGGACAGGGAAAUGGUUCGCAGAGAUUUGGGAAACCGUGGUGCGGCUUCACUUGAUGCUGCUAAGCACAAGCCAGUGGCAUUUGCCGUGAGAACAAACGUCAGAUAUGAUGCUUCUGAAGAAACAGAGUGCCCUGUGCCCAAUACUGCCAUUUCAUUCGAUGUCAGAGAGUUUCUCCAUGUCAAAGAAAAAUUUAACGAAGAUUGGUGGAUAGGCAGGGUUGUAAAGGAAGGUGGUGCAGUUGGUUUUAUUCCAAGUCCAAGUAAAUUGGAAUCAAUCAGACUUCUUACUUCUGUCAGUGGAAAGGGAACCAAGGGAAGCAGGGGUAGUGGCGGCGGGGUACAGCUUGGUGAUGGAUCCCCUGGGUCACCCGGAGGAAUGUCAUAUGAGGGAGAGAAUGGGAUCGAUUACGACGAGGAGCCACCCCCUACCCCCACUAGUCCCACCAGUCAGGGCAGUGGUCGUUCGUCUGUACCCAGAACAGGCUCUGGUACUUUACCUAAUCAAAACACAGGAAAGAAGAAAGUGUUCUUCAAAAAGCAAGAGCAGCUUGCGCCUUACGAUGUUGUCCCUGUGAUGAGGCCAAUAGUUUUCAUUGGACCUUCAAUGAAAACCUAUGAAGUAACGGAUAUGAUGCAAAAGGCCUUAGUUGACUACAUCAAACACAGGUUUGAGAGCAGAAUCAUCAUCCAUCGUUGUAACACCGAAAUUGGAAAUAAACGUGCUUCGUUACAAGGAAAUGGCAAAAAACCUUUAAUGGAGAAGACGAACAGCAAACAAAUGCUGAGUGAAGUUCAACAAGAAAUUGAUCAUAUUUUUGAGCUUGCCAAAAGUCUAAAUCUUCUUGUCCUGGAGUGUGAUACGGUCAACCAUCCUUCACAGCUUGCCAAGUCAACUUUGGCUCCGAUUAUCAUUUAUUUGAAGAUUGCAUCGGCAAAGGUGCUUCAACGUCUCAUCAAGACUCGAGGGAAAUCUCAGAGUCGUCACCUUAAUAUUCAGCUGGUGACCGCUGAGAAACUUGCUCAAUGCAACGAGGAGUCCUUCGACUUGAUUCUUGACGAAAAUCAGCUUGAGGACGCCUGCGAACAUUUGGGUGAUUUCCUGCAGCAAUAUUGGCGGGAAACACACCCUGACGUGAGCACGGUGAUCGAGGAAAACCAUUCGGAACCAGGCCCCUCGAUGUUCAACCAGGAGCAGCAACGACCUAGUGUCUACCUAUAGCCGCGCGUCUGAAGCACAAUUUUGAAGCUCUAACGUAGACGCUACCUUGGUUAGCGUAGCUUUUUUACGAACGAAUGAAGUUUACCUGAUUGUUGUAGCCGAAUAUGGCUUUUUACACACCUUUCUACCCAUGCUUAAAAGAAGGUGAACACUGAGGUAUAUUCCUCGCGUGGACUUUUCCUCGCGUGGAUUCGAUCCUCGUUUUGAGAGAAUUGGUGUUUCCAUUUCACUUUUUGCAAGGAAUUGGCUUGAAUAUUCGCAAAAGUUAGACUGGAUUAAUCCUAGUCAAGAGAAUGGGGAAAAAAGAUAGUUUGAUGCUGGCAGGUGUUGAUGAUAUUCGGUGGAAACACAACUCGUAUAUAGUGCUGUGUAACCCAUUGCAGGAAAUAUCCGCAACCAGUUCAGGGCAGCACAAGUUGUUAUGUAGUGGUGAUUAUGUAGAAAAAUGUUUUAUAUUGAGCACAUGGAAGGGACUUAUUUAUAUACUAAUAAUAUUGUAAGGCAAAUGUAGCUGUGUAGUAUAUAUGCAUGUGACGGGGUUUCAGAGAUUGUCUUUCCAAAGUUGUUUACAAA